AUGACACAUGACCAGCUAGAGGCAGACCUCAUCACCUUCAACACGCUGAUCUCCGCAGUGUCAGACAGAUGGCCGUUGGCUGUGCAUAUGCUGGAGUGGAUGGAGAUUUGCGGGUUGCGGCCGGAUGACAUCAGCCAUAGUGCGGUCGCAGCUUGCGAGCGCCAGCGUGCAGGUGGAUGGCGUUCCUCUGUCGCUCUGCUCAGUGGUGGGCUCCCAGCGGUGAAUGCAGCACUGGUUGCACUUGCGACGGCUUGGCCCUGGGCUAUCGCAGGGUUGGCAGGUCUCUUCAGCCGCGGCGCCGUACCCGAUGUGAUCAGCUACAGCAGCUCGCUGGGCGACCGCUGGCGCAGAGCCUUGAGCUUGGCCAAGGACAUGGCAACGCAGAGUUUGAAGGCAAAUCUCAUCGUGCAAAAUGCCAUUGGCAAGAGUUUUGCGGGUGCUUCUGCAUGGUCGAUGGCCGUGGUGAACCACGAAAGCCUGAGACAUCGCGACCUCCAGGCGGACGCUUACAGCUUCAGCAGCCUGGUCACGGCCUGUCGGGAUGUGUGGCUUCAGGCAGUGGCGAACCUGCCGCCAGUCAUUGCCUUGCAGAAGAAGAGGAGCAGUGUCGUCUGCAACGCCCUGCUCGCUGCGUGCAGCGAGUUUUGGCAGAGUGCUAUGUCCUUAAUGUUGUCAAUGGCGACGUCAGCCUUUCAGCUGUCUCAAAUCACCUAUGGAAGCUGCAUCGCUGCCGUGGGGAAUGAAGUUGGUGGUUGGAUGUUGGCUUUCAAUAUGUUUUCCAAGAUGGUCAGUGUGCGGCUUCAAACGAACCUCAUUGUCUACAACAGCCUUUUGAGUGCAUGCGCUCAAAGUAGCCAGUGGCAACUUGCUGCCUACUUGCUCAUGACCAUGCAGAAACCAGACGUCGUGAGCUUCAACAGCGCCAUUACUGCCUGCCGGCAAGGCGGCCCGGUGAUGGCAAGGAGCUUGCUACAGAGGAUGCGCGAGGUAGCAAUCGAGGCAACAUUGGUGACCUGGAAUAGUUGCAUUUGUUCUUGCUCCGAUGGUCAUUGGCAGCUGGCAUUGCACCUGCUCCACUGCUGCAUGCGCCAUCUCCAGCCAGAUGGUGUAACAUGCAGCGCAGCCAUGAAUGCAUGCGAACGAGGAAGUCAAUGGCAAGCAGCACUGGAGAUCUACACUUUGUCACGGGGAGAUGUGGCCAGUUCCAACGCCUUCAUCUCCUCCUGCACCCGUGGUGCCGCCUGGCCCCUGGGCCUUUCCCUGGCGGCCGCCGUCGGGGACGCCACCGCAGUGACGCACGGCAGCGCGGUGGCCGCGUGCGCGGCGGGAGGCAAGUAUUUGUUGGCUUUGAAUUUGCUGUCGCAGCACCCCACUGUGUCAGGCCUGGGUGCCGCCCUGGACGCUUGCGGCUCUGCCUCGGCCUGGCGGCAGGCCCUUGAGGUGCUCAGGGCCGCAAGAAGUUGGACCUUGCGCGCAGAUGUGGCGGCCUGUUCCUGCGCUGCAACGGCCUGCGCGCGGCGCGGCUGGAGCUGGGCCUUGCGCGUGCUGGAGGCGUCUCCAGAUUCUCUGGGCGUGCAACUCUCUGUGGCUUUGACAGUGGCCCAGUAUUUUCAAAUUUACGCAAUUCUCCGAAACGGACUCCUGAUCAGCCGUGUGCUGCAGUCAAAGUCUUCCAAGAACUUCAAGCAAAUACGUGCAGACACACCGGGAGGCCAUUCUUCAACGAAGCUAGGAGUGGACAUCGACACGUAUCACUGCAAUGUGGCGAUCAGAGACUGCGGGAACUGGCCAGAUGCAUUGCAGCUGCUUUCCUUCCUUCGUGGGCGAGAUGUCAGGAGCGACACGGUGAGUUUCAACAGUCUCCGCUGCCGCCCCUGGCGUCGCGUUUUGCAGCUGCACGCAGCGUUGCCAGCAGCGCAGCUAGAGCCGGACGUAGUGACCUGUGGCGCCACCUUGAGCGCAUGCGAUGGCGCACAACAGUGGCCAACAGCGCUGGCGCUGCUGGCGCUGGCGCCAGCGCCGGGCCGCGGGACAUCGGGCAUUUCUUUGAACAGUGCCAUGAGUGCCCUGCAUCGAGCAGGCGAAUGGCAGAAGUGCAUCGAAAUCUUCUACGGCUUCCCACUCUGGAGGCUCGAGCCCGACACCUUCUUUUGCAACCAGUGGCAGAUUACCACAGCAGAGCUACGACGUGGCGGGGUGACAGCAUCAGGGAUCCUCCACGACCAGCUGCUGACCUCCAUGGCCACAGCCGUGCUGUGGCAGCGCUGCCUGGAGCUGGGGCGCUUCGGAACCAGCUUGGUGGGGGACAGCAGCGUGGUGACAAGCUUGGCGCGGAGUGGCACCCGUCACAGCUGGGCAAAGGCUUUGCUGUGGCCUAAGCAGAUGCAGAGCAGAUUCGCGAGGCCCAAUGUUAUCACCUUCAACAACUUGUUGAACGCUUGCCAAAAUGGUAGCGCAUGGUCAACAUCGUUGUGGUUGUAUUUCUGCCUUGGACGCCUACGGCUCCGCGCCAGCAGCGUGACCUUGACGGCGCUGGCGCGGAACUUGCGGACAUGGCGCCAGGCGCGGGCGCUGCUGGCCGGGGAAGCAUCGGUGUAUUGCCUCAAUAGUGCCAUGACUUCUCUGACCUGGUUCGACAUGUUGCUCCUAUUGGCGGAGAUGCGUUGCAGCGAGAUCCUGCCAGACGCCGUUUCUUUGGGGACCUUUAGCGAUGCCUCGUCCACCCCCUGGGCACAUGCCCUGAGUCUGACUUCGGUGAUGUGCCGCAUGCGCGUUGCACGGAUCGGGUCCGGCAGUGUGCCCAAAACCGCCCAGAAUUGGCGCGUGGCCUUGUUUUUCGGGAACGAACUCAGCGCCAUGGAGACGGCUCAGCGCUGGCAGGGCGCGGUGCAUCUGUUGGGAGAGGUUGUCUCAAGGGGCGAUUUGAUCUUCAACCGCGCCAUCCGUGCCUGUACCGAAACAGGUGCCUGGCAGGCCGCACUCGCGAUUUUGCAACAGAUGGAGAGAGAGCUGGUGAUGCCAAGCGAAAUCAGUUUCAAUUGUGCCAUCGCAGUGUGUGCCAAGCGCCAUCAGUGGCAAAUGGCUGUGCAAAUGAUGGAAGCGAUGCAAAAGGCUCAGCUGGUGCCGACGGCUGUGACUUGGGGUAGUGUUUUGGCUGCUUGCGAGGGGCUGUGGGAUCUAUCUUUGCACCUACUGCGCUGCAUGUCAAGGGCGUCCAUUCGCUCGGACGCUUUCGCCUACAGCAGUGCUAUGACUGCCUGCUGCAAAGGACAUGAAUGGCAACGUGCACUGCAGCUGUGUCCCCUGGUGAAUGAUGUGCUGAGCUCGACUGCCAUCUUGGCAUGUGCUCAAGGAGCUCACUGGCGCUUGUCCCUGGCCCUGCUGACGCCCUGCGUGGAAAGCCGCGUGUGUCGCAACGGCGCGGUGGAUGCCUGCGCAGUAAGCAAAGCGUGGAAAGCGGCGGUGUCACUGUUGGAACCUCCCACGCUGCUGUCCACCAACAGCGUCCUGAAGGCUGUGGCGGACUGGCGCAAAAGCCUUGGCAUAUUUACUCAAUCCCCGGCGUCGUGCCGCGAUUUAACGACUUACAGACCUACCAAUCGCUUAUCGUCUGUGCGACUGAAGAGAUGCAGUGGAGAACAGUGGAAGUAUUGAGGAAGCAAAGGGUUGGCUGAGACGGGGAAGCAAACGGUCUCAAAA